AUGAUUGCCGAUAUAAUAAACAAAAUAUUCUUGUUUUACGGCAUACCAACUAUAUGGACACAUGAGUUUGUUUUACCAAAACUUGUAGUUAGACUAUGCGACGCGUAUAGAAUACUAAGUAACAUUGUAAUGUUCAUUUUCGUUGCAAUGGAAUGGGGUGCAUUCUUCACUCAGAGUAAUUUAACAGAGAAGCAACGUAUUGACAGAUUAAUAUUCAAUUUCACUCAUCCAUAUUUACUUACGUUUAUAGUAAAUAUUGAAUAUUAUCAAGAGAAAAGUAAACAAAUUCUCUAUACGAUGAUGGUGACAUUAAAAAAAAUAUACAAUGACCGUGACGUUGAGAAGAAAUUAAUAAAGAAGUGCACCUUUUUUUCGAUGUCGUUUUUUAUUGCUGUGACCGUGUCAGCUAUUUUCUUUGGCCUCGAUGCUUAUUUUCAAGUCAUAACAACAGGUGCAACAUUUACGAAACCACUCUCGGCUUGGCCGGACCUGGAAGACAGGUCUACAAUUGCGAAUGUCGGUAGAAUUGCCAACUAUAUAUUUCUAUUUAUGCUCCUGGACAAGGCGUCCGGGAUAUAUGUGACGGUUGUACUAUUCUUGGUAUGCCUCAGUCAUCAGUACACUAAUCUGAAUAUAUACUUCAGGAAUCUCAGUAAAAUAUUUGACGAGAAUAUAAGUCAAAUAGAGAAAGAAAGAAAAUAUGAGAAAGCUUUAAUCAUUGGAAUCGAUCUGCAUGUGCAGACAAUGCGAUGCACAAAACAGUGCGAGUCAAUAUUUAAAAAUAUUUUCAAUUUUCAAAUUAUAUUGAAUGUCAUGCUGGUUGUUUUACUAAUGUUACAAAUUAUGAGUCCUGGAAGUAGCUGGAUAACUGCGAUUCCUCUGGUGUCGACCGGGAUCUCCUUGAUGUAUGGCACCGGGUUCUUCAUGUGGAACGCGGGAGACAUUACUGCGUCUGAGGUAGCGACUGCACUGUACUGCUCUGGUUGGGAGAAUUGUCGCCUGUCCACGCUCCGCAUCAGGAAUCUAUUGGUUAUGACCAUAAGACAGGCGCAGAAGCCGGAGACGCUGAAGGCUUUUGGUAUAUUGUCGUUGUCCUAUGAAUCUUAUGUAUCGAUCAUCAAGGCACCAUAUACAAUUUUUUCAGUAAUACAUUGA